AUGGUGUUAAAAGACGUUUCUGGUCCACUGGCUGUGGAUGUUCAAAAGGCAGCUGCUGUUUUCCAGCUCUUGGUGUCUAUGUGUAUGUAUCUAGCUGCCCAGAGCAGCAAGGCUCCUGCUCAGACACCUUGGGCUUUCAGGGGGGUAAGCCUAGGUACUUUGGCAUCUGAGCAAGGAAGGCUCUGGCUCUCCAGGGACAACUGGGUGGAGCCCUACCUACAUAAGAAUAUUGGUUCCUUCUGUGUCCCUGGGGAGAGAGGAACACCACCUGAAGUUAAUGUUUCCUCCAUCCAAGGUUGGGAUGCUUCACAUCCUUCUCAGUCCUUGGCUUCUCUUUUGUUUCAUCUGUGUUUGGAUGUUUCUCGGGUCUCUGGCAGCUUCCCGCAGGAGCUCGUGUUUUUCAUUCUGCUCCUAGUAUACUUUCAUAGGAGAUACGGAGGAAAUAAAGAAAAGCUGCUAAGUAAGUGGUUUCCCCGGACUAUCACCCUUUAUCUAGUGUGGACUGAAUACCAAAUGAAACUUUCUCCCCUGAAAAAAAAAAUCUAUGUAUGUGGAUCAGGCAGUGUGCUGAGGAUGAAGCAUUUACUUUCUAGGGAGAAAUGCCUGCUGCCUCUCCAGUUGGCUUUGGAAUCCAAGAAUGUGAAGCUGGCCCAACACGCUUUGGCAGGGAUGCAGAAGCUUCUGUCAGAAGAGAGGUUUGUAUCCAUGGAAACAGACUCUGAUGAGAAGCAGCUGCUCAAUCAGAUCCUGAAUGCCGUGAAAGUGACGCCUUCGCUCAAUGAGGACCUGCAGGUGGAAGUGAUGAAGGUUUUGCUGUGCAUCACCUAUACCCCGACAUUUGAUCUGAAUGGGAGCGCCGUGCUGAAGAUCGCGGAGGUGUGCAUCGAGACAUACAUAUGCAGCUGUCACCAACGUAGCAUAAACACGGCUGUGCGGGCAACUCUCAGUCAAAUGCUGAGUGACUUGACUUUACAGUUACGACAAAGGCAGGAGAAUACGAUAAUUGAAAACCCAGAUGUCCCACAGGACUUCAGGAGUCAAGGGUCGACAGUAGAGUCCCUCUGUGAUGAUGUUGUCUCUGUGCUCACUGUCCUGUGUGAGAAGCUACAAGCCGCCAUAAAUGACAGCCAGCAGCUGCAGCUUCUGUACUUGGAGUGCAUCUUGUCUGUGCUCAGCAGUUCUUCCUCUUCCAUGCACCUGCACAAGGGCUUCACAGACCUCAUCUGGAAAAACCUCUGCCCUGCUCUCAUUGUGAUCCUGGGGAAUCCAAUUCAUGACAAAACCAUCACCUCUGCUCAUAGCAGCAGCAUCAGCACGAGCAUGGAGUCAGACUCUGCCUCUCCAGGAGUUUCUGACCACGGCAGGGGAUCAGGCUGCUCCUGCACCGCCCCUGCCCUGAGUGGGCCAGUGGCUCGGACCAUCUAUUACAUCGCCGCCGAGCUGGUCCGGCUGGUGGGGUCGGUGGACUCCAUGAAGCCCGUGCUCCAGUCCCUCUAUCACCGAGUGCUGCUUUAUCCCCCACCCCAGCACCGGGUAGAAGCCAUCAAAAUAAUGAAAGAGAUACUUGGGAGCCCACAGCGUCUUUGUGACUUGGCAGGACCCAGCUCCACAGAACCAGAAUCCAGAAAAAGAUCAAUUUCAAAAAGAAAGUCUCAUCUGGAUCUUCUCAAACUCAUCAUGGAUGGCAUGACCGAAGCAUGCAUCAAGGGUGGCAUCGAAGCUUGCUAUGCAGCCGUGACCUGUGUGUGCACCUUGCUUGGAGCACUAGAUGAACUCAGCCAGGGCAAGGGCCUGAGUGAAGGUCAAGUGCAGCUGCUGCUUCUGCGCCUGGAGGAGCUGAAGGACGGGGCCGAGUGGAGUCGAGACUCCAUGGAGAUCAACGAGGCCGACUUCCGCUGGCAGCGGCGAGUGUUGUCCUCAGAGCACACGCCGUGGGAGUCAGGGAAUGAGAGGAGCCCUGACAUCAGCAUCAGUGUCACCACAGACACCGGCCAGACCACUCUGGAGGGAGAGUUGGGUCAGACCACACCCGAGGACCACUCGGAAAACCACAAGAGCAGCCUCAAGUCACCAGCCAUCCUGGAGGGCAAGGAGACACUGAGCAAAAUUUCAGAACUGGAAGCAGUAGACCAGCCAGAUGUUGUGCAGAGAAGCCACAUGGUGGCUUACCCCGACAUAACCAACUUCCUGUCAGUGGACUGCAGGAUGAGAUCCUAUGGAUCCAGGUACAGUGAGAGCAAUUUUAGUGUAGAUGACCAAGACCUUUCUAGGACGGAAUUUGAUUCCUGUGAUCAGUACUCGAUGGCAGCCGAAAAGGACUCAGGCAGGUCUGACGUGUCAGACAUUGGGUCGGACAACUGUUCUCUGGCUGACGAAGAGCAGACCCCCCGGGACUGCCUGGGCCAUCGGUCCUUGCGAACUGCUGCUCUGUCUCUAAAGCUGUUGAAGAACCAGGAGGCGGAUCAGCACAGCGCCCGGCUGUUCGUGCAGUCCCUGGAGAGCCUCCUUCCUCGGCUCCUGGCCCUCUCCAGCGUGGAAGAGGUGGACACUGCUCUCCAGAACUUUGCCUCCACUUUCUGCACAGGCAUGAUGCACUCUCCUGGCUUUGACGGAAACAGCAGCCUCGGCUUCCAGAUGCUGAUGAACGCAGACAGCCUGUACACGGCCACACACUGUGCUCUACUCCUCAACCUGAAGCUCUCCCAUGGUGACUACUACAGGAAGCGGCCCACCCUGGCGCCAGGUGUGAUGAAAGAGUUCAUGAAGCAGGUCCAGACCUGUGGGGUGCUGAUGGUCUUCUCCCAGGCCUGGAUUGAGGAACUCUACCAUCAGGUGCUCGACAGAAACAUGCUUGGAGAGGCUGGCUACUGGGGCAGCCCAGAAGACAACAGCCUUCCCCUCAUCACGAUGCUGACGGAUAUUGAUGGCUUAGAGAGCAGUGCCAUUGGUGGCCAGCUGAUGGCCUCAGCCACCACAGAAUCUCCUUUCACCCAGAGCAGAAGAAUUGAUGACUCCACCGUGGCAGGCGUGGCAUUUGCACGCUAUAUUCUAGUUGGCUGCUGGAAGAAUUUGAUCGAUACCUUAUCAACCCCCCUGACUGGCCGCAUGGCAGGGAGCUCCAAAGGGCUGGCCUUCAUUCUGGGGGCUGAAGGCAUCAAAGAGCAGAACCAGAAGGAACGCGACACCAUCUGCAUGAGCCUCGAUGGGCUGCGCAAAGCUGCACGGCUGAGCUGUGCCCUAGGAGUCGCUGCUAACUGUGCCUCAGCCCUUGCCCAGAUGGCAGCUGCUUCUUGUGUCCAAGAAGAGAAAGAGGAAAGGGAGGCCCAAGAACCCAGUGAUGCCAUAGCACAAGUGAAACUAAAAGUGGAGCAGAAACUGGAGCAGAUUGGGAAGGUGCAGGGGGUGUGGCUGCACACAGCCCACGUCUUGUGCAUGGAGGCCAUCCUCAGCGUAGGCCUGGAGAUGGGAAGCCACAACCCGGACUGCUGGCCACACGUGUUCAGGGUAUGUGAGUACGUGGGCACCUUGGAGCACAACCACUUCAGUGAUGGCGCCUCGCAGCCCCCUCUGACCAUCAGCCAGCCCCAGAAGGUGGUGGGGGGCUCGAGCCUCCUUGGGGACCCCGAGUGUGAGGGUUUGCCCCAGGAGCAGAGCCUGGAGCAGGGGCGCUCCCUGAACACAGCCCACGUCAUCCAACCCCUGUCCAUUCAAGACCUGGUCCGGGAAGGCAGCCGGGGCCGAGCCUCUGACUUCCGCGGCGGCAGCCUUAUGAGUGGGAGCAGCGCUGCCAAGGUGGUGCUCACCCUCUCCACGCAGGCCGACAGGCUCUUUGAAGAUGCUACGGAUAAGUUGAAUCUCAUGGCUCUUGGAGGUUUUCUUUACCAGCUGAAGAAAGCUUCGCAGUCUCAGCUUUUCCAUUCCGUUACAGAUACAGUCGAUUAUUCUCUGGCAAUGCCAGGAGAAGUUAAAUCCACCCAAGACCGAAAAAGCGCCCUCCACCUGUUCCGCCUGGGGGAUGCCAUGCUGAGGAUUGUGAGGAGCAAAGCGCGGCCCCUGCUCCACAUGAUGCGCUGCUGGAGCCUGGUGGCCCCACACCUGGUGGAGGCUGCCUGCCACAAGGAAAGACAUGUGUCUCAGAAGGCUGUUUCCUUCAUCCAUGACAUACUGACAGAGGUUCUCACUAACUGGAACGAGCCGCCCCACUUUCACUUUAAUGAAGCACUCUUCCGACCUUUUGAACGGAUUAUGCAGCUGGAGUUGUGUGACGAGGAUGUCCAAGACCAGGUUGUCACGUCCAUCGGUGAGCUGGUUGAAGUGUGUUCCACACAGAUCCAGUCGGGAUGGAGGCCCUUGUUUAGUGCCCUGGAAACAGUGCACAGUGGAAACAAGUCAGAGGUGAAGGAGUACCUGGUUGGUGACUACUCCAUGGGAAAAGGCCAAGCUCCAGUGUUUGAUGUAUUUGAAGCUUUUCUCAAUACUGACAACAUCCAGGUCUUUGCGAAUGCAGCCACUAGUUACAUCAUGUGCCUUAUGAAGUUUGUCAAAGGACUAGGGGAGGUGGACUGUAAAGAAAUUGGAGACCGUGUCCCAGGACCAGGGACCCCAUCCACAGACCUGUGCCUCCCCGCCCUGGAUUACCUCAGGCGCUGCUCUCAGUUAUUGGCCAAAAUCUACAAAAUGCCCUUGAAGCCAAUAUUCCUUAGUGGACGACUUGCUAGCUUGCCUCGAAGACUUCAGGAACAGUCAGCUAGCAGUGAGGAUGGAAUUGAAUCAGUCCUGUCUGAUUUUGAUGAUGACACUGGUCUGAUAGAAGUCUGGAUCAUCCUGCUGGAGCAGCUCACAGCAGCUGUGUCCAAUUGUCCACGGCAGCACCAGCCACCAACCUUGGAUUUACUUUUUGAGCUGUUGAGAGAUGUUACCAAAACGCCAGGACCAGGGUUCGGUAUCUAUGCAGUUGUUCAUCUUCUCCUUCCUGUGAUGUCCCUUUGGCUCCGUCGUAGCCAUAAAGACCAUUCCUACUGGGAUGUGGCCUCUGCGAAUUUCAAGCACGCCAUCGGUCUGUCCUGUGAACUGGUGGUGGAACACAUUCAAAGUUUUCUACACUCAGACAUCAGGUAUGAGAGCAUAAUCAACACCAUGCUGAAGGACCUCUUCGAGCUGCUGGUAGCAUGUGUGGCCAAGCCCACAGAAACCAUAUCCAGAGUGGGCUGCUCUUGUAUCAGGUAUGUCCUUGUGACAGCAGGCCCUAUGUUCACUGAGGAAAUGUGGAGACUUGCCUGUUGCGCCCUGCAGGAUGCGUUCUCCGCCACACUCAAGCCAGUGAAGGACCUGCUGGGCUGCUUCCACAGUGGCACCGAGAGCUUCAGUGGGGAAGGCUGCCAAGUGCGAGUGGCAGCCCCUUCCUCCUCCCCCAGUGCCGAGGCCGAGUACUGGCGCAUCCGAGCCAUGGCCCAGCAGGUGUUUAUGCUGGACACCCAGUGCUCACCAAAGACGCCAAACAACUUUGACCAUGCUCAGUCCUGCCAGCUCAUUAUUGAGCUGCCUCCUGAUGAGAAACCAAACGGACACACCAAGAAAAGUGUUUCUUUCAGGGAAAUCGUGGUGAGCUUGCUGUCUCAUCAAGUGUUACUCCAGAACUUAUAUGAUAUCUUGUUAGAAGAGUUUGUCAAAGGCCCCUCUCCUGGAGAGGAAAAGACCGUCCAAGUGCCAGAGCCCAAGCUGGCUGGCUUCCUCAGAUACAUCUCUAUGCAGAACUUGGCGGUCAUCUUCGACCUGCUGCUGGACUCAUACAGGACAGCCAGGGAGUUUGACACCAGCCCUGGGCUGAAGUGCCUGCUGAAGAAAGUGUCUGGCAUCGGGGGUGCUGCCAACCUCUACCGUCAGUCGGCGAUGAGCUUUAACAUUUACUUUCAUGCUCUGGUCUGUGCUGUUCUCACCAAUCAAGAAACCAUCACUGCAGAGCAAGUGAAGAAGGUCCUUUUUGAGGAUGAUGAGAGAAGCACAGAUUCCUCCCAGCAGUGUUCAUCAGAAGAUGAAGACAUUUUUGAGGAGACAGCCCAGGUCAGCCCCCCGAGAGGCAAGGAGAAGAGACAGUGGCGGGCACGGAUGCCCUCCCUAAGUGUCCAGCCGAUCAGCAAUGCUGACUGGGUAUGGCUGGUCAAGAGGCUGCACAAGCUGUGCAUGGAACUGUGCAAUCACUACAUCCAGAUGCACUUGGACUUGGAAAACUGCCUGGAGGAGCCCCCGAUCUUCAAGAGCGACCCGUUCUUCAUCCUGCCCUCCUUCCAGUCUGAGUCAUCCACCCCUUCCACUGGAGGCUUCUCUGGGAAAGACACACCCUCCGAAGAUGACCGAAGUCAGCCCCGGGAGCACACAAGCGAGUCUCUGAGCCUGAGGGGGGGCAGCGGGGACGUGCUGCUGCUGCCCCCCAGCCCCAAAGUGGAGAAGAAGGAUCCCAACCGGAAGAAAGAGUGGUGGGAGAAUGCAGGGAACAAAAUCUACACCAUGGCGGCUGACAAAACCAUUUCCAAGUUGAUGACUGAAUACAAAAAGAGGAAACAGCAGCACAACCUGCCCACAUUCCCCAAAGAGGUCAAAGUGGAGAAGAAGGGAGAGCCGCUGGGUCCCAGGGGCCAGGACUCCCCGCUGCUCCAGCGGCCCCAGCACUUGAUGGACCAAGGACAGAUGCGGCAUUCCUUCAGUGCAGGCCCUGAGCUGCUGCGGCAGGACAAGAGGCCGCGCUCGGGCUCUACUGGGAGCUCCCUGAGCAUCUCGGUGAGGGACGCGGAAGCACAGAUCCAGGCGUGGACCAACAUGGUGCUAACAGUUCUCAAUCAGAUUCAGAUCCUUCCAGACCAGACCUUCACAGCCCUCCAGCCUGCAGUGUUCCCUUGCAUCAGCCAGCUGACCUGUCACGUGACCGACAUCAGAGUUCGCCAGGCCGUGAGGGAGUGGCUGGGCAGAGUGGGCCGCGUCUAUGACAUCAUCUUGUAGCAGUCUCCCAGAUCAUCCCCAAGAAGAUCCAGUAGUGAGGGUUAGAGUCUGCCUGCUAAUCCAACUGAUAGCAUUUUCCCCACCACAGGCCCCACUCUAGCUAGUGUCUCAGAGAACAGUGUUUCCUAAUGUAAAGAAGUCUUUCCAGCCACACCCUAACUAGUCAGCAUUGGGGCCAUUCUGGAUACUAAGAAUGUAUCUAGAUGACAUAAACGAUACUCUGAUUUUGCACAUUGUUAUAGAAGAGUCUACAUUCCUCAAGAUGUUUCUAAAUCUUGAAGUGUAUUUCCCAGUGCUUUUGCUUAUAAUGUUCUUCCCAAAUGGGUCAUUUUCAAGGACCACUCCUUUGAAACACUACAUUGGUCCCAUUUGAUCCAUCAUUUUAAAAAUAAAUGCAACUACUAAGACAAUAUCUGCUGGUAAGCCAAGCUGACACACAAACAGUAAGACAUCUAAUACCAGACAUUAUUAAUUGGAGGAAAUUUAUAUUGUGAUUAUGGGUUUGGCUGGGAAGAUAACUACAAAAUAUAUUAUUGGGUAUCAUAACCUUUGAAAGAGAUGAUUUAUGUUGUAAAAUAAUCCAGAACAUUUCAAAAUUAUUCCUAAAUUGUUAAGAUUUUCAGGUAUUUGCAAACUUCCCCAGGCAAGGUACUAUUGUGCCUUUACUUCCCCAUUUCUAAAAGAGGAAAAGUCUUUCCUAGUGGGAUUUUAAGUCUGUGGCUUGACAACUCAUGACACAGAGUACCCAGUGAAAGUGACUGAUGUAUAUAUUGUCAAGAGACUUAAGACUGACCAGCCACCCUGGCUGUCCCUUUAGUAUUUCCUUCUGCCCCCAGAGCAAACAAGGAAAGGAAAGAAAAAAAUGGUGCCUUAGUCUUACGUUGCACUUACAUUUCUAUGCCCCACAAUUAUCUGAACAUAAGGCUCAAUCUUUGAUUUUUAAGAAAACAAAACAUAAUACAACUCAUUUUAUAUCAACACCCUUGGAAGAAAGAAACUCAGAAUCCUCCAUCCAAUGAGCAGACUUCUCAGGGAAGGGAGCCGGGAAUGUGGAGUAGGGAGAGAUUACGACAAAAUCAUUUUAAAUCUCAAACUAUGAUACAACAAAUUAUGGCGACAGCUACACAAGCUCUGGUUUCAGUAAAACUAAAGGAGAAGGACACUGAAAUUCAGAAAAUUGAUUGUAUUCUAUUUAAAAUAUUUAUCCUAUCUAGCAAGUAAAUUUACCCUAUGUUUGAAGUCUUUUAACUCAAAUAUUUUAAGUAGAUGCUUUUCCUAAGUAUUACUAGAAAAGGAAUUUGAAAGCUUUAUCUAAUUAUUUACAGUAUUUUUAUAUUUCUUACACCAUAAUGACUAAAACUCUUCAAUCAAGCCCACUUAUGUACAUUCUAGAAAAUAGAAUUAGUUGUGAAAGCAUACAAUUUCCCAGCCUCUAAAAAUGUUUCUUUGUAGAGCUUAUAAUUAAGCAUGCCAUCUUUUAAAAAUAAUAAAUUAAUUCUAUAGUACUGAAGUAGGGAUUUCAUUCAGUGCCAGUAUUUAUUAACUUUGCCCUCCUUGAGAAAUAUGAACUCUUUACAAGGUUAAGAGGAAGGCAGAGUUUCCUGACUUCUUUAGGUUAUCUAUUUAAAAAAAAAAGACCCUAUCCUUCAGCGUGUCAUCUGCAGAUCACCACAGAGUCUAGAAGACAUUUUUCCAGUCCCAUAAAAACACACUCAUUUGCCUUCAUUUUCUUACUCACUAGACAAUAAUUCACAUUUAGAAACAGGCCAUCAACUAUUUGAUCUUAACAGGCAAUGAAUAUAGCAAUGAGCUGUGUUCUACACUUUUGAAUUUUUAUACUUUGCAAACAGAAUUGAAAGUUGGGUAGGUACUUUUUUCAACAAAAGCAGUAUACCAGGGUUGUUUUAGUUGUUACCUGAGUUUCAGUUUGCCUUUGUGAGCCUGUGAGUAUUACAGUUUACUCGAGGCUUCAGUAACACUGAAAAUUGAAAAUAGAUUAUCUAUACAUAGCAACUUUUCAUAAAGUAUAAAAAUUCAAAGGAAGCCAGUCUCAACUUGUGAAUAUCAUGUCCCAGAAGUAUGUUAGUUAAUUGUUUAGAAAUCAGAAUUUAUUCUCCCACAGAUUUUCUAUUAUGGGAUCCAAGAUUAGUUCAUGAACAUGUUUAUCCCAAAUUGUCCAAACACAUCAUUCUAGUUCUAGCCUGAUAACGGGUCCCAAGAAUAUAAGGAUGAGAAUGUGUGCACACCUCUUUACCUGCAAUUUUGUACAAGUUUUUUUGUUGUUGUUCCUUUCCCAUCAUCUUUUCUGUACCUCAGUCCAAGGCCCACAUUGCUCUUACCUGACAUCAACAUUCACCGUUAGAUUUCAACCAGAAAAGUAAUGCUUCCUAGAGGUAUUUGCAGUUUCCAGAAAAGGAUAUUGCUUGAUGCAAAGUAGUCUCUAAUGAGAAGGACUUCAGUUGAAUCUUCCCAGCAGAAGCAAAGGAGGUGAUUAGGAACAAUGUGCCGGUGAGUGGCCUCUUCCCAGGCUGCCCAGGUCAGUCCCUCGUACUGUUCCUGGUGACUUGGUUUCUGCCUUUUCCCCUCAUUUCCUUCACUCCCUUCCACAGUCUCUGAAAGUGUCAAGUGUUUUUCUCCUCACAGUCUCUUUUGCUGCAACAGUAAGACCAAGUUCAAGGCAGCCUUUUGAAGUUGAGAACAGUUAUUAGCAUAUAUUUUCAAAUCAAAGCAGAACAAGAAUUUAUACAUUGCUUUGAGUUGCCUGUAUUUACUGCCAAAAAUGUGUUGCCCAAAAGUUGAGAUUUUUCUCUUCUUAUAUUUGGUAAAGUGUGCUUCAUGAAUCAAGCAUCUGGAAAACCCCAAGUAUAAGGGAACCCCUGAUUGACCUGCCCAGCCAAGUACAUGCACUUUUUGCCAGAAUUCCUCCACCAUUAGAGGUGCAUGGGUUUUGACGAUGGAACCCUAAUACAUUGUUUAUAGGAUCUUGUCUAGCGCUUGCAUCUCCUGACAGCUUUUAAAGGUGUUUAAGCUGCCUCUUUACACUAUCUUAUUAUCUCUCUCCUCUUAUGAUUAUUUUCCAACCUUCACCAUAGAUAUAAAACUAGAACACCUUUAGCAUUUGGGGAUUAUGUAAUGACUGACCAAUAAGGACCCAGGCAGCUACUAAAUACAUAACAGCUAAGAUGAAAAUAUUUUAAACACAUAAAAAAAUGUUAAGGCACCUUGAAAUGGAAACAUCCUGGUACAGUGAUCACUAGGCUUUCUGCUCUUGUUGUUUUAGGGAGAAGGCUUCUACAGUCAGGUGAGAGAGUCAAGUAGGCUUAACUGUAAGAAGGUAAUGCAGUUACAUAUUACAUAUCCUUGACUUUGCCCAAUACAUCACAGCACUGCUGAUAUAGGAAAGUUUUCUUUCUCAGAAGGGAAAAUCCAUUUGUGUGAGUCCCAUCAAACUGCACAGAACGAAGACCUUUGUUUAGAGCUGAUAACACCAGCAAGAGGUGACAAACAGCAGGGAGGAAGUGUGUAGUAAAUGUCGCUGUGAAUGCAAACCUUUACAUAUAUGAUCAUAUUUAGUUCCCACAAUAACUUUGGGAGACAGGUAUUGUGUUCCUCGUGUUUUCAGAUGAGGACACAGAUUCAGAGAGGUUAAAAAACGUGUCCACGAUAAAAGGUAAAAGGCAAAAUUGGUUGCAAAAAAAAAAAAGUGUUCAUGAAUUCAAAGGCCAUACUAUCUCUCCAAAGUCCUCGGAGUCUAGUGUGACAGAAAGAAAAUUUCAAGGAAUUAGGCAAUUAAAAUAAGAGUAUUUGAUUGGCAUCCCAAAUCUGUGGGAUGUUAUGAGAAUUUUAAAAAUAAGAAAAGAAAUAACGUUCAUACAUAGAAAGAUCAUGUAUAACAUAUUUGAGUGUUUGAAAAUAAAAGAAACCAAAAUUUAAACUUUAAUCUUAAAGCAGACAUUCAGUGUUACUUUAAAAAAAACUCACCAAGUUAGGUUGAAAUAAUGGAAUAACACUGUUUAUAGCUAGCUAUGAAGACAGAUAAACAUGGCAGGCUAUGUCUGGAAUGGCAUGUGUGAUUUGUAAACCUUUUUCAAAUACCAUUUGAUCAUCGCAGAAUAAAGUGCCCUGUAGCCAACAGUGCCUCUUUACUUCUCUGGGAAAUGCAUGGUACUAACUGUGUGGGUCAUCAUCAAAGUUUGGGAGUAUGCAAAAUAAAUGAUAACCAUUUUUCAAAAUGUACAUUCGCUGAAGAGGAAGCAGCUGGUUGGACAAGAUUGUUUGAAGAGCCAGUGCUGAGGGAAUCAGUUCGAUAUCCAUAGUAGCCAUGUGCCAUAACAGCCAAAUAUUUCUAACUGUUUUAUAGACAAGAAAACAGGCAGAAGGAAAAUACAGUCCUGCGUUAAGCUGAUGACAAAACUUAAACAUGUUUGGGUACUGCUUAAGGUAUCUCAUUGAGAUUUAGUGUGGCCUUGGAAAAGCAAAAGAGCACUUUUUAUAGAAAAUACAAGCUUGUUACUGGGAAAGAUUUAUAAAAUUGGUCAAGAGCUUGACUUAUCCUCCUUAAAAAGUGUUCUCCUCACUCACUAAGAGGAGCAAUCUAGAAAACAAACCUUUGUUUGGGAGACCCAUUCCUCUCUGGCUGUAUUGUAGUGCUUGUAUUUGAUGUGGAAGUAACUAAUAAAUUUUGGAACAGAACACCAUUUUGAUUUUGAUUUCCAAAACACAAUUAUUACUUCAGGGAAGACAAAUUUAAAAAAAAAUCAUCCCUUGAGAUAAUCCAUUUCCUUAUAAAUGGUGGCACCACUCAAUCAUUGAGGAAAAGCCACUACCACACCACUAGCUCUAUACAGAACCCUUUCCCUAUAUCUUUGUGUAAUAAUACAAAAGGAUUCCAGGGAGGGGAGAGCAGACUGACCAUGCUUAAUGACAAAUUACCCUCAACUGCUGGUGAAUCCCAUCCAAUCAUGGUCCUUCCACUCUUUCCAACUACCAAGACCUGUUUGUAUUAUUAGUUCCUAUCCUGCAGGUUUAAUCAGUGGUCGUCUAUUAUCUUUUGUCUUUAGGACAGUGGUUCUCAAACUUUAGCACAUGUCAGAAUCACCUGGAGGGCCUAUUAAGCCACAGAUUGCUGGGCUUAUGCCUAGAGUUUCUAAUUCAGUAAUCUGAAAAUUUACAUUUUUAAUAAGUUCCCUGAUGGAGCCAACACUGCCGUUCUGGGGACUGUGCUUUGAGAACCACUGCCUUGAAAAACAUGCCCAACUGCUACCUUUAAGAUCAACCUGACUUAUCAAGCACUAGGGAAAAACUGAAGUUACCCUUGGGCAGACAACUUGGGAUUGGAGUCUCUGCAGCAUUCCUGCUCCAUCUUCUCAGUCUCCAGUUUUACUAUACCAACAAUCGGUUUUUACAAGCUAGAAGACAAUGAAUGUAUAUGUUCUAUGGAACAGUGACAUAAAUCUAAGCUUCUCAUCUUUGUAUUUAGAAACACUGAUUCUGUGGAUGAUUUGUAUCCUGUUGACCCUUUGACUUGUACUGAAGGUGAUUUUAAAUUUAAGUAUGUAGUGUUUGCAUUUCCUCCAUCCAUAUAGUUUUAAUGAGACGAUUCCAAGUUGGCUCUAUUAUGGCCUUGGCUCCUGGCUUACAGAGACUUUUGAGUAGUUGCUUGCUUGCCAGUUUAUCAUCUCUCAUUGGUCACCAAAUGUUAGCACUUCGAGAUGAUAUGACACUAUAUGCUGUACCGUCAUCCUUCACUUGACUGUCUGGUGUAAAUUAGUAUUUUAAUUUCCUAUAUAUCUGUAAAGAGUCUAUCAAAUGGCUUUAUGGAAGUUUGCAAGAUGAACCGACUCCCUUUUGAGCAGUAGGUGUGCCUGUUUUGACUUUUUAGUAAAUAUGUCAUGUUUGUGCACCUAUCUGCACAGUGCAGACCAUGCUCGUGAUCUCAUCUUCCAAGUGAUGGGAAAAAUAAAAAUGAAUCCAUGUACUUUGGGGAUGCAAUGAGAUCAUGGUAACUCAUAUGCGGGGGGGGGGGCUUAGUUUAUCUCUUAAUUCUUCAUUCAAUUAAUUAGUUUUGGAAAUUAUUUUUCCAUUUAAAAGGGGGCGCAUACAGGGAAUGAUUCAAGAAAAAAAGGAAGUACCUUAAAGUCAUCACCCAUUUAUAAGCGAUAUUAAUCACACAUAAUUCUUAUUGAAUCAAUAGUUUCUCUAAAGACUUCUGCUGAAUAAAUACCCUAACAGCCCUUAAAUUACCUUAUACUACUAUAGGAAUAGAAAGUAAUGAUUAUAUUUAUUAAAAUUAGUGAGAAUCAGAAAGCAUAUCAGAAUGUUAAUGGUGUCGAGGAUUCAAAUUUUUCCUCUGUAGAUGGAAAUAAUUGAAGGGUUUUUUAAUUUGGCUUUUGUUUCCCAUAAUCAUUUUUGGAAAUUAUCUGCAUAUUUAGUUACUUUAAUAAUAACUAAUUUUAAAAUUAAAUGUAAAAAAUUAAUCUCUAGGAAUCGUUUAUUUUACCAACCAAUGCCAAAAAAAGGGAAAGGGAGAUCCAAAAGCCAAUCUUUUGAACUAACAUGUAAUUUGAUGUUUUCUCUUACAAUGUCAGGGAGGCUCAGGCCCUGACAUCAACCCCAUGAGCAUCCAUGGCUACCUCGUGAUGUUGUGCAAGCUGCUUUGUGUUGCUUCCCCUGUUCCUUCAUCUGGUUCUUGUGGGAGAGAUUCUCUCGAAUAAAAUUGGAUUUCCCAUGGAGUAGGCAAAACUGGGCAAAAAUGAAUGCUUUCGAUAGUUUGGGUUUCACUUCAAUAGAAACCAUGCAGUAGAAUACCCAGGUGUGGCAUGAUGGGGCAGGAAGUGGUGCCUGGAGGGGAAGGUCGUUUUUCUUCAUGGUUUGUUCGUGUUGGGGGAUAUGGAAGCUGACAUUGAUGGCCCUAAUCAUGCCAAGAGACUAGAAUUCAAGAUGCUUUUUUGGCUUUUCUAAGAGGAAUAAACAUAAAUAAAUUAUAACCAGUUCCCUACUACCAUUUCCCACUCUAGAUAAAGCCAAUGGGUGGCAUGGGUCCUUUUAUUCCUUAUUGCAUUAUGCCAAAGAAUCAACUUAUUUUCAUUGAAAAUUAUAAAUACAUGAAGCUUGGUAUAGCCAUAAUGAUUUGAGUCAGUAUACUAUUUUACCUUUAAAAUGCAAAAUUUAUCCUUGCAACCCUAUUCACCAGGAGCCUUGAAGCAUUUUAUUUACUCCAAAGGCCUUGUCAAGAAGUAUAAUUUUUGUUUUGCCUUCUUAUUUAGUCAGUUUGGUCACAUUUACUUAAAAAAAAAAAAAAAAAGCAGAAAACCACUCUACUUUCUAUGUUGAUAUAACUGUUUGGUUUGAUAUAAUCUGUCUGUUCCUUGUUUAACAGGUCUCUGUAAGCAAGCUUGCAAGUGUAUUUUGUGUACAUUUUAUCUGAAGUGAAAAUCAAAAUUCUAAAGAGAAAAUAUUUUAAAAGAUAUUGUAUUUAUGUUGCUUGUGUUGUAGAAUAAAGAUUCAAAUGCAUUAAAAAUCUGAUACAUAUAACAAUUCUUUACUGAAUAAAUAUAUCAAAAUAA